AUGGAGUCUGAGUGGACCAUGUUCAAAACCUCCAUUGCUGAAGCAGCUGUUAGGAACUGUGGCCUGAAGGUCACUGGUGCCUGUCAUGGCGGCAACCCAAAAACCCGCUGGUGGACACCAGCGGUGAGGGAAGCCGUCAGACUGAAGAAGGAGGCCUUUCAGGCCUGGUCUCCUGAAGCGGCUGACAGGUACCAGUUGGCCAAAAGGGCGGCAGCUGUGACAGCUGCGGAAGCAAAAACUCGGGUGUGGGAGGAGUUUGGAGAGGCUAUGGAGAAGGACUUUUGGUUGGCCUCAAGGAAGUUCUGGCAAACUGUUCGACGCUUCAGGAAGGGGAGGCAGGGCUUUACUCAGGCUGUGUACAGUCGAGGUGGAGAACUGUUGACCUGUACUGGGGAUAUUGUCAGGAGGUGGACAGAGCACUUUGAGGAACUCCUGAACCUGGUAGACACGUCCUCCAUGAAGGAGGUAGAUCCUGAAGACUCAGGGGAAUCGUCAUCCAUAUCCAUGGCAGAGGUCGCCGAGACGUGGUCCUACAUCCCUCUAAUGACUAAACAUGGCGUCGCUGUGGAUCAUCUCGCUGUGACGGGGCUCAGACGACGACUCGGACCAUGUAGGGCUGCAGGAUCUGGAUCCACCAGGGAGUCGGUCCGAGACUUAUGGGUGCUGUCAGGGGUCCAGGGCCGAGUCCCGGCUGUCGGCUGCAUGUCGGAGUCCAGAGAGAUGCUUUAUAAUCGCGCUGUCCAUCACCCAGACAGCCCAACUCCCUCGCAGAGCAGCCGCUGUUUGCUUUUCCAGGAUCCUGCAGGAAAACACCAGAUUUCACUCUAAUGAGAACUCCCAAUAAAAGGCUUUAGAGAACGUCUGUGGUUUACAGGUUGUAGCGUUGGGUUUGUCAGAUGUUUAUCUUCCUCUAGCUUUGUGUUGUCGGUUCUUCAGUUCGCCUCACCUCCAACCUUCUGGGAAAAGCUGCACAGCAUCUGGACUCAUGUAGUAGGAACAUUUUAAUCUGCA